UGAGGGGGUGGGAACAGAAUGAGGGAAGGCUUUUGGAUCGUGGUAUGUAGAUAUAAGACCGUAACCACAGUAACGUUCCUUCACUUUACCCAAAAAAAGGGAAUAUUUCACACAGCAGACCCAACCGACCACAGGAACAAACUCCUAUCACAGGAACACAGGAAGUUGAUGACGAGGAUGAAGAACAUUUUAAACCUGCUGUCCCUGAUCUGUCUGUGCACCGCUCAAGGGAAAUGGACCAAGGACACCUCCGAGUGGGACCAAAGAGACAAAUCAAACGGCAAGAGUUGCUCAAACCUGACCCAAGUACUGGACAACUGGAAAUAUGCCAUCAUGUACCAGGUGAAGGAUCUGCUGGUCAACAAUCAUGCAUCUGUUUUACCAGAAUACGUCAGGAUCCAGGGCCUCUCUGAUGCGGUGGGAGAUCUCUAUAAGCAGUUUGACGACCUUAAGGAUAACUUGGGCAAAUUAACCAAUAAAUUUGACAGAGUGGAAGGCUUUGUGGACGAUCUCCAGGCAGGAAGAUUUCCCAAGCCAAAGCUCUGGAUGCCUCCGACACACAACAAAGGGCCACAUCACAUACCCCAGAAAAACCCAACACAGGUCACAGGCAAAGAAUUAUGGGCUCAAAGACUGAGAGCCAGACGAGGCCCUGGUACUUAACAGACUGAAGACGUCUAUACAGUUGAUGAAUUUACUUCUUAUAGAGAUGUACGGUAAUAAUGAUGCUUUUCUAACGAUGACCUGCUUCGACCUUAGCCCAUCAGGUAUUACUAUUCGACAAAUUCUGUUGUUUACGAAUGUACUCGUUGCCUGUUGGGCACAUAUCGCAUAUGAAAGGACCAAAUGGUUAUUUGUAUAGUUUGAUGGAAUUUAUUAUUCAUAUUAGAUAUUAAUGUAUUCAUUUUUGAUUGACAGGAGAUUUAGAAACAGAAUGUAUGUUUAGAAUUAGGGAUGUGAUCAUACGUAGGACAAAUAUUGAAGGUGCAGUGUAUUAAAUAUUCAAACGUAACCUAAGCAAUUCUGUAAAUGUAAAUGCUAUAUUUUUAUUGCAACCUCACGUGAAUGUGUGUAUUUUAACAUGUUUAUUAAGGUUAAAUAUAAACACACCAAUGUCUAUAAAGUAUUACAUCAACAUCA